AGCCGAGUAGGCGGCGGGACUGGCCGGACAAAUUUCCUGCUAGGCUGCGGGCGGCGGGCGGCGGGAGGCAGGAGGCGUCGCAAGCGGCGCCAGGACCCUGCUGCCUGCGUGCGUCCCCUCUACGUUCUCUCGCACCAGGCGGGGACCGCAGGGCCUCCCGGAGGGCGGCGGGUGGCCGCCUGGGAGAUGCGGAGCCGCGGCGGCGCGAUCGGCGCGACAGCACCGGCCCCCCCCGAGUGUGGCAGCCUGUCCAGAUGUGAUGCUCCUUUAAAGAUCAGGACACCUGGAUGCUUCUGAGUCCUGCCAGGACUUGACUGUGUGACUAUAGCCGUCGUUUUUCCUUGGUUUGCCAUGGAGCCCUUCUGUCCUCUCCUGCUGGCCGGUUUUAGCUUGUGUCUUGCCAGGGCUGGCAAGGACAACGAAACCACCACUGCAGAGAGCAACUGGACCACCACGACCACAGGCCCUCCGGACCCUGACACCUCCCAGUCGCUGCUCACCUGGCUGCUGUUGCCUGUGCUGCUGCUCCUCCUCUUGCUCCUCCUCGCCGCCUACUUCUUCAGGUUCAGGAAGCAGAGGAAAGCCGUGGUCAGCAGCAACGACAAGAAGAUGCCCAACGGGAUCUUGGAAGAGCAAGAGCAGCAGAGAGUGAUGCUGCUGAGCAGGUCCCCAUCAGGGCCCAAGAAGUACUUCCCCAUCCCUGUGGAGCACCUGGAGGAGGAGAUCCGUGUGCGCUCGGCCGACGACUGCAAGCGGUUCCGAGAGGAGUUCAAUUCACUGCCAUCUGGACAUAUACAAGGAACUUUUGAACUGGCAAAUAAAGAAGAAAACAGAGAAAAAAACAGAUAUCCCAACAUUCUUCCCAAUGAUCAUUCCAGGGUGACUUUGAGCCAAGUGGACGGAAUUCCUUGUUCAGACUACAUCAAUGCUUCCUACAUAGAUGGUUACAAAGAGAAGAAUAAAUUCAUAGCAGCUCAAGGCCCUAAACAGGAGACUGUGAAUGACUUCUGGAGAAUGGUCUGGGAGCAGAAGUCUGCCACCAUCGUCAUGUUGACAAACCUGAAAGAGAGAAAAGAGGAAAAGUGCUAUCAGUACUGGCCUGACCAGGGAUGCUGGACCUACGGAAACAUCCGGGUGUCUGUGGAAGACUGUGUGGUGCUGGUGGACUACACAGUCCGGAAGUUCUGCAUACAGUCCCUUCCCGACAGCUGCAAGGCACCGAGGCUUGUCUCACAGCUGCACUUCACCAGCUGGCCUGACUUUGGGGUGCCUUUCACCCCCAUCGGGAUGCUAAAGUUCUUGAAGAAAGUGCGAGCACUCAACCCCUCACACGCUGGGCCCAUCGUGGUCCACUGCAGCGCGGGUGUAGGCCGGACAGGCACCUUCAUCGUGAUCGACGCCAUGAUGGACAUGAUACAUUCAGAGCAGAAAGUAGAUGUCUUCGAAUUCGUGUCACAAAUCCGCAAUCAGCGCCCUCAGAUGGUCCAAACGGAUGUGCAGUACACGUUCAUCUACCAAGCCUUACUGGAGUACUACCUCUAUGGGGACACGGAGCUGGAUGUGUCCUCCCUGGAGAGGCACCUGCAGAGCCUGCAUGGUACCACCACCCACUUCAACAAGAUUGGGCUGGAGGAGGAGUUCAGGAAACUGACCAAUGUCCGGAUCAUGAAGGAGAACAUGAGGACGGGCAACUUGCCGGCCAACAUGAAGAAAGCCAGGGUCAUCCAGAUCAUUCCAUAUGACUUCAACCGAGUGAUCCUUUCCAUGAAAAGGGGUCAAGAAUAUACAGACUAUAUCAACGCAUCCUUCAUAGACGGUUAUCGACAGAAAGACUACUUCAUUGCCACCCAGGGCCCACUAGCCCACACGGUCGAGGACUUCUGGAGGAUGAUCUGGGAGUGGAAGUGCCACACCAUUGUGAUGCUGACAGAGGUGCAGGAGCGAGAGCAGGAUAAAUGCUACCAGUAUUGGCCAACAGAGGGCUCAGUUACUCAUGGAGAAAUAACAAUUGAGAUAAAAAGUGACACCCUUUCUGAAGCCAUCAGUAUACGAGACUUCUUGGUGACCUUCAAUCAGCAACCGCUGACCCGCCAGGAGGAGCAGGCCCGCAUGGUGCGCCAAUUCCACUUCCAUGGCUGGCCAGAGAUUGGGAUUCCAGCCGAGGGCAAAGGCAUGAUUGACCUCAUUGCAGCCGUGCAGAAGCAGCAGCAGCAGACUGGUAACCACCCUAUCACUGUGCACUGCAGUGCUGGAGCUGGGCGAACAGGUACAUUCAUUGCCCUCAGCAACAUUUUGGAACGUGUAAAAGCUGAGGGACUUUUAGAUGUAUUUCAAGCUGUGAAGAGCUUACGACUUCAGAGGCCACACAUGGUGCAAACCCUGGAACAGUAUGAAUUCUGCUACAAAGUGGUACAAGAUUUUAUUGAUAUAUUUUCUGAUUAUGCUAAUUUCAAAUGAAGAGUCCUGCCUUAAAAUAUUUUUUAAUUUAAUGGUCAGCAUAUUUUGUAAAAAUUAUGUUAAUUUAUUUCAUAGUUGACAUUAAUGUCCUUCCUAAUUUCUUUGUAUAUAUUUUGUUAUGCUUUAAAGGCCACCUGCUAUAAAGUUAUUCAAUCUUAAAUGCCCUUUUUAAAAAUUGGAAUAAUAUAUUAAGAUCACAUAAUACCCCACAAAAUAUAUGUACUGUAUUUCUGCUAAUAUCAGUUAAAAUAUUAAUUCUUCAUUAGAUUCAUGUCACAUAAUGUCACAUGUUACACAUCUCUAAAUCUUAUCAUUCGUAGUAUGCCAAGUGUGCUUAACCAAGACACUAAAUAUAAAAUCCAUUUUUGAGAAAGCAGCCAAGAGGGCUGGGGAUUUAGCUCAGUGGUUCCACCGCCUGCCUGACAAGUGCAAGGUCCGAGUUCGAUCCCAGGUACCAAAAAAAGAAAAAAAAGAAAAAAAAAAAGAAAACAGCCAAGAACUUAGAAAUCAGUUGAAAACUUACUUUCCCGAACUGAUUUUAUAACCUUGAGCUGCAGCAUUUUUUGAAACCCAGUGUAGCUAGGAACUUUUGUAGAGUCCUCAGUUGCAGACAUGUGUUUUAACUCUACCUUUUAAGAACUGAAGACUUUCUAACCUGAAUCCAAGUCUAAAACACAUUAGAGUAGUCAGAGAUUACAUAGUGAUAUUUUUAGAGGCUGGUGUCUGUGCCACGUUGGUUAGAUGAGAAGUGUAAAUGCCAGGCCAUCCCAGUCACUUGUGGCCUUGGGCACAACAAAAACAGCCAAUGGAACUGGGCUCCCAGGGCACCACUAGCCAGCCAUCUGUCUGUCUCCCUCUGAGAGUCCAACUUACCACAUUUUUCAGUCUCCCUCCCAUUCAGCCCCUGGUGCCUGUGCUGCCCUCGAGCCAGACCUGCAGGAUCAAUGUGAAACCACUUCACGUCCAAACAUUCAAAUAAUGUCUUACACACACAUAGAGUUGAGGAGCACACAUUUGAGUAGAAACAGCGGGAUGACCGCAAAUAAUCAUGCUGUAAAUUUUCUGAGAAGCAUUUUGGUAUUUAAAAAAUUUCUUGUAAAAAGCUAAGAUUGUUUGUAAGAAAAGAAAUCUUAAAAUCUAGAUUUGUACAGUUUUUAAAGAUCCCACUUCUCAAUAUUUAAUAAAAGAGAAAUAGAAAUCCUUAAUCUAAAGUCUAACUUAUUUUUGGAAGCUGAGAACUUUGACACUGAUAAUAACGAUCCCAUUACAAAGGAUGGAGGGAGGUAAGAAGGUGAAUGUAGAAACUUUCAAUUUAAUAACCAUUGUCUUUCUGUAGCUAUUAGGUACCUAGUAGAUGAGCACAAUAUAAAAAAAAGAAGACAUCUGGUCUAACUUAGUACAGACAUUGAACAUGUGCAGUUUUGGUACAUUUUUCUUUUUUGCUUUUUAAAAGAUAUAUAAAAAAAUAAAAGGCCUUAUUUGACAUUUCACUGAGACCUGAUUGUGCCCACCUAUUGCACUGUUUAUCCCCUAUCUGUUCACAGUGUGUACAGGUGCAACCCCAGGGUCCGUUACUGUCCUCACCAGGCUCCUGGCCAUCAAGCUUCUCCCUGCCCCACUGCUCUGAGCCCCACCCAGGGUGGGAGUUGGCAUCCACUUGGAAGGACAAAAGCACACUCAGUGGCCUGGCCACUGCCAUCACUGCCACCCGCACCUUGGGCUCCCCACUGCUGAGUGUGUCCUCUCUCUGUGCAAUGAUUAAGCAGGUGAAGGAGGAAAUAGAAGGAGCUUUUGUGCAACUUGCCAGUUGAUCCCAUUUGUUUCCAUUGUUGAAAUACCAAACCCAAAGCCUUUCUUUGACUAAAGGAGAAGAGAGGAAAAUACAUUUUCAUUCAGCACCCGGAGCCCAUUAGGAUGAAGGUGACAUUAAGCUGGUAGUUUUUUAGAGUUCAAAGUCAAGGACCAUGGAGUCUGCCCUAAUUUUAGGAGUUGGUGGUCAGAAUCCUUGAAGCCUUUCAAUGGUCUGUCUGGCAUCUCUUGUAUCAAGAAAUGCCUUUAUGGAUAGAUCUUUUCAGGGUGUGCUCAGGACAGUGUUCUGUUUGUGGUUUGCCUGCCCUUGUCCACUAUGACCAUCACAGGUAUCCACUGCAGAGAUUCUCCCUGCUCCCAAACUCUUCCCAUUCCGGAAACAAACAGAAGCCAGAGUCAGGUGGAUAUACGGCCCCUUCCCCAGUCAGGGAGAGCGGUCACUGAGCCUCAUAGCCUCAGCCAAGGCCAAGUUCAGACAGUCUCCCUGUGCCUCUAGAGCAGCUGUGUGCAGAGGGAAUAGCCAGGGGCCUCGGCAUCUUCUCUGUCCACUUGGCAUGUUCUUCUCUUCUUCCAUCAGUCAAAUAAAGUCAAGUAUACAUAACAAAUCUGCCCAGCACUGGCAAGAACACUUCUCCUUUCACAUUCUCUCUGUUGCAUGCAGUUGCAUUCAAAUGCCAAAUAGUGAUCAGAAGUUUACUGUUCUGAUCAGGAUGCCCGUCAGUCACUGUGUGACUUACCUUACUCCUUCUCUCCAUGUGCUAGAAGAAUGAAGAAUGCAUACUGGUGUUUUCAAAGGUAUUUUUAUGUGUUUCUAAAAACUUUUUGAAAUGAACCUGAUACCUGUGUUUCAGCAUUUGGCGAUCGUGCCCAUGUUAUUUUUUUUAAAUGUAUGAUUACUGAUACAGUUCCAUUUGUUUGAUUAACUAAGCCGUGUUUAAUUUAUGUGCAAUCUUUAUAAUAUAUGUAUGUAUUACAGUUCCAACUGUCAUAUUUUCUUUUAUUACACUUAAAGUGUGAUCUUGCUCUGAUUAUAAUGCCAGUGAAUGUUGCUGAAUUCUUUGUAUAUGCAAAUUGCAAGAUCUAAAAGGUUCUGAUCCAAGGAUAAAUCUUUACUUUGA